UACUCUUCAAUCUUCAUGAACAUAUGAUCGCAUAACACACUUCAUAACACUGUUUCAUAACCUAAAAAUUUACAUAAAGUUUUUUUCCAAUGUUUAAGUUUGUAAUUUAUCAGAAAAUAUAAAUAAACAAAAGGUAAUAAUCAAACAAAAGCAUACAGCACUAUGACUUUUGUUUUUUCAUCCAUUGAAUCAUCACCCAAAGAAAAAAAUAGUUCUAAACUUUCAACUACCGGAAAAGUUCUUAUUGGAAUUACAGGAGGGGUAGCUGUUGCACUAACUGCAAUAUGUAGUUCAUUCGUCAGCCCAGCGUUAAGAAAAAUAUGUCUACCUUAUGUACCUGCAACCGAUUUACAAAUCAAAAAUGUUAUGGAGGCUUUACGAGGAUCUAAAGGAAAACUAAUUGACCUCGGAUCUGGUGAUGGACGAAUUGUACUUGAAGCAGCGAAAAACAACUUUGAAGCUCACGGUGUGGAAUUAAAUUUUUGGCUUGUUUUAUUUUCCAAAUUGUCGAUUUAUAGACAAAAUUUUACCCAUAAACCACAAUUCUUUUGUACUGAUUUAUGGAAAUUUAGCUUAGCACCGUAUAAUAAUAUUGUUAUAUUUGGCGUCGAAGAAAUGAUGAAAGAUCUAGAAAAUAAAAUCGAAAAAGAAGUAAAACUUGGAAGUAAAAUUGUUGCUUGUCGGUUUCCAUUACCCAAUUGGGAACCUAUUACCACACUUGGCACCGGCGUGGAUACUGUAUGGGUAUAUCUGAAAAAAUAAGUUCCUUGAAUGUAUAAAUUAUUGUAAAUAAAUUUCUUAUCUAAUAUAA